GGGGCAGCGCGACCCGGAGCGGCCAUGGGGGCGAUGGGGCCGCGGCUGCUGCUGGCCGCGGGGCUGCUGCUCUCCGCUGGCACCGGGAGAGCUGCAGGUGACAGCUCGCAGCAGCAGCAGCGCAGUGAGGAAUCAGGACACUCCUGGUCAGUGACCCCGCGGGUGCUGUGGGAUAACCGGACGCUCAGCUUGGCUGAAGCCACCCAGGGGGGGUUCCCCGCCCGUCUGACAGUGCUGCUGGAGCUGGAGGGAGUGCGGCUGCUGCUGGAGCUGGAGCAGAACUGGGAGCUGGUGCAGGGCACUGGGGCGCUGCUCUAUUACCUGCCCGAUGGCACACGGGUGAUCCAGGAGCCCAGAGAGCAGGAGCACUGCUGCUACCAGGGGACAGUGCGGGGCUUCCCUGGCUCCUGGGCCAACCUCUGUGCCUGUGCUGGACUCAGUGGCCGCCUCUGGCUGUCGGACAGCAGGAGCUACACGCUGGAGCCAGACAGCAGCAGCCCAGGGCAGCACUUGGCAUCCCGGCUUCGGCUGGAGCCACAGAGCUGCAGGCAGGGCUCCCAGCCUGGGGCAGAGGCAACAGAGCCCCCCUGGCCACAGAGGGGCAAGCGGGCAGCGGCAGAGCAGCGCUUUGUGGAGCUGGUGAUGGUGGUGGACCACGCUGCGUUCCAGAAUUACCCCAGCCUACAACGCGUUCACACCCGGACCCUGGAAAUUGCCAACCAGGUGGAUGUGUUCUUCCGCCCGCUGGGAGUGCGGGUGGCCCUGCUGGCCGUGGAGGUCUGGAGCGAGGGUGACAAGAUCGCGGUGGGCGGCAGUGCCCGGGCCGUGCUGGAGCGGUUCCUGCGCUGGCGCCGCGAGGAGCUGCUGCCCCAGCUGCCCCACGACAAUGCCCAGCUCCUGACGGGUGCUCACUUCGAUGAUGUCUCCGUGGGGAUGUCGACUCAAGCUUCCAUCUGUUCUCCCACGCGCUCCGGGGGGGUCAGCAUGGAUCACUCCGUCAGCAUCCUCGUCGUGGCCUCCACUGUGGCCCAUCAGCUGGGGCACAACCUGGGCAUGCGCCACGACGGCGCCGGGCGCCUCUGCGACUGCGGCGACCUCCGGCACGACCGCGGCUGCAUCAUGGCACCGCCCACGGGGUUGACGCCUGGCUUGAGCUUCAGCAACUGCAGCCGGCAGGAGCUGGAGCGCAGCCUGCAGCAGGGCCAGGGCUGGUGCCUGUCCAAUGUCCCCGAGCCCCAGGUCCUGACCGGGAGCCCCACCUGCGGGAAUCGCUUCGUAGAGCUGGGCGAGGAAUGCGACUGCGGCCUCAGCGUGGAGUGCACCGAUCCUUGCUGCAACAGCAGCUCCUGCCAGCUGAUGCCAGGGGCCGUGUGUGCCACCGAGGAUGCCUGCUGUGAGGACUGCCAGCUGCGCCGUGCUGGCCACGUGUGUCGGGAGCUGCUGGGCGAGUGUGACCUUCCCGAGUUCUGUGACGGGGUCUCACGGCGCUGCCCCCCUGACACGUUCCUGCAGGACGGGCAGCCCUGUGCCAGCGGGCGGGCACGCUGCUACAGCGGGGCCUGUGCCACCUACGAGGGGCAGUGCCAGCAGCUGCUGGGGCCAGGUGCCAGUCCUGUCUCCAGCUCCUGCAUGGCAGCCCUGAACACCAGAGGGGAUGAACGUGGGCACUGUGGGCAGCUCCCCAACGGCUCCUAUGUCACUUGCACCCAGCAGGACACCAGCUGUGGGAUGCUGCAGUGCCAGCGCGGCAGCUCCCGUGGGAACAGCCCAGAAGGGUCCUGCCAGGGCACCACCCUGCCCGGGGAUGAGGAUGUGACAGAUGCGGCCAUGGUGCUGCCUGGCACCACCUGUGGCCCCGGGAAGAUGUGCCUCCAGCACCGGUGCCAGGACGUCUCCGUGCUGGGUGACCAGCAGUGCCAGAGCAAAUGCCACGGGCACGGGGUGUGCAACAACCACGGGCACUGCCACUGUGAGCGGGGCUGGGCCCCCCCAAGCUGUGACAGCCCCGGCGUGGGGGGCAGCGAGGACAGCGGCCCUGCCGGCCUUGAGCGAGGGGGAAGCGCCCUGCCCACGGCCCUGCUGCUGAGCGCGCUGCUGGGGCUGGCGCUGGCACUGGGGCUGUGCCGUGCCCGCCGUGCCGGCCUGCACAAGCGCCUCUGCCAGCUUGGGAAAGGCACCUCCUGCCAGUACAGUGCUGAGACCCGGGUGCGGUUCCUGGGAGCCGCAGACGGCUGGAGCGGGAUCUCACAGCCAGAGCCCACGUCGGGCAGCAGCCAAGGUCCCCCUGCGCGUCCCCGGCCGCCACAGUGGCGGCAGGCCACGGAGCUGCAGGUCAUGCAUGGCAGCAAGCCGGCUGCCCUCGGCUCAGCCCGGCCUGAUCCGCCCUCCCGGCCUCUCCCGCCGGACCCUGUGCCCAAGGCCCCCCCCUCGGACAGGCCGCCCCCCCCCACACGCCCGCUGCCCGCAGACCCUGUGCUGCUGAGCGCUCAGCCCUCAGGUCCAGCCAAGCCGCCCCCACCACAGCGGCCGCUGCCCUCGGACCCGCCGGGCCCUUCGGUGUCCCGCAGUGAGAGCCCCCCUGGGCACCCCUAUGUCACCGUGAUUCCUGCCAGGCCCGCGCCGGCGCCGCCAGAGGCCUGAGCCGCGGGCAGGGAAUGCGCAGCGCUGGAUCCGCGGGGAAGGCCGAACCCCGCCGGGCCCCGCCGCCCGCUCUUUCUCCCGCCACGUCAAUAAACGGGCUGUGAGCCGCCUC